AUGUUCGGUGGAGAGAAAUUUCUUUACAGGACAGGCUGUGCAAGCGUCCAUGCCUUUUUGGAACUGCAGACCAUCUGUGGAACAUCAGUUGGACAGUCUAGACAGUCCAGAAGGAGGGUAUCCAAGAUGAGAAAGUGGCUUCGUUUUGACGGGUACGGAAUAUCAACGCAGUUACAGAUGCAAUGCGGCUGUUUAGUGACAGCCAGGUUUCACUUGAUUCAUUUUUCUAGCCUUGCUAUUGUACCAAGCGGUAGGGCUAGCUUCAGUCCAGCCGACCUUGGCUAA